AUGAAUCGCGCGCCUAGCGAGGUCGAUGAAGCCAUCGAGGCAAACCGACCUAUCGUUUCUAAUUCACCGACGAUCGAGAGGGAAAGGCAAGAGAGAGAGGACUCUUCCGGUUCCAGCAGUUCGUCAAGCAGCGAACCUGAAGAAGAGGAACCUCCGCGCAAGAAAUCAAAACGAGAUGCUCAGGUAACGGUCGAUCUCCGGAUCGACGCGUUAUACGAACAGGUCAGUUUCCUUACAAAUUUAAUUAUGCAUCAGCAAUGUGCGUCAUCAUCAAAUACAAAUGUGACCGCGAAAACUACUGACGUGAUUGAACAACCUGAACAGAAUAAUGAUGAUUUCUUGACCAAUCCUUGCUCUAUUACACCAAAAUCAUUAGAUUUAGGUUUUUGUAAAACUGAUUUUGAUGAGAAAAAAGUUCUUAAACCAGCCGAUGAACAACGUUUAAACCAGUUGAUAAAAUUGCAACAUUUUAAUUCAUCUACGUGGCAACACAUUCGGUAUAAAAAAGCAUUGGCAGACAUGCUUGCGUUCCCAGGCUUUUGUAACUUAAAAAUUAAUGACGAAAUAUGUUGUUUAAAUAAAGGCAAAGAUUUCCUGGCCUCAACGGAGGAAAUUAUGGCUGCAAUUACCAAUGCUUUACUAUACCAAAGGCAAUUGCUACAAUCAGGUUUACAGGAAAUUGUUAAUUGGUCUCACAAUAAUCCUACGGAACUAACCUCUAAUAACCUUUUUAAUAAAAUAAGCGAAAUGUUCGGUAAUUCGUCGCCAUCUUAUAAAUUAUCUGAACAAACAUUACAAAUCGUCUGCGGGAAACGAGCGGAGUGUAUAGAAACUAGGCGUAAAAGAUUAAUUAGCGAAAUUUCUGAUAAAAGUAUUCAAGCCGCUCUCGUUAACAUACCUCCCAGCGAGGAAUUUCUAUUCGAGAAGGCACAAUUGAUGUCGCUGGUGCAAUCCCUCGGCGGGCCUCAUUAUUGGUUAUCACCCCCACAAAUCUCUAAAAAUAGGGACCAAGUAAAAAGGAAAUACCAUGAAUCCAUACCAUCAACACCCAAAUCUAGGCCACAAGGACAAGAUAAAAAUUAUUUUCAAAAUACCUACAAAAAAUCAAACACUAAAAAAACGUACAAAGGAAAGACUGAUGCUUACAAACAACAAGGAAACCCGUCCUUUCGAAGCAAAAACAAGAAAAUA